CACAAACAGCUGAAACAAACGCGUGAUGCGUCUCAGACGCGUCAACAAAAUAAUGGCACGUGACGUUAUUUGUCCGUUUCGCCGCCCUUUCUCCUCCUUUCUCCCCCUGAGUCUUCCAUUAAGCCAAUUUCUUCCGUUCAGGUAUUUUCACCUGUUCAGCGUCACUGCGCCGACAGUCGAUGUUCAAGUUUAACUAGUGGGGAAAGCGGUAUUUCAUUCUCAAAUCCAAACAAGAUGCCACUCCACUCGGAAUCUACUCAUUCUCCCUCUCCGGCGCCGCUCUCUCACACCCGAAUUAAAGAUCUCUUAGGUUGCAACGAUCCGCUUCUCGAAGCCGAAAAAAUAGCUUUACGCUCAUUGGUAGAUGGAGCACCCUUUACUCUGGCCAAUCUGGACCAACAGAUUAUUGAAGCGCGCCAGACGCUAGACUCCCUUAUUCAGAAACGACAAUUCGCCGAAUGCGACUUUGACGAUGCUGAAACGCUUCUUCAUCCCAUGCGUUCAAUGCCCCAAGACGUUCUGAGGGAAAUCUUCAGCCAUUGUGCACCUGACUGGGAAGAAAUAACCUUCAGGUCUGACGAAGGCUACGAUUCCCUUGAUCCUCGCUUGGCGCCGUGGACAAUAUCUCACGUCUCCAGGACAUGGAGAGAUGUCUCCCUUUCAACUCCACACUUGUGGACAUGUAUUAAACUUGACUUCAGAAAGUAUCGAGCGCUCCGCAUGAGGGCUCUCAUGACAAAGGUUGCCCUUUUGCUGGAAAGAUCCAAGAGCAUGGAUCUGUUUGUAACGCUAUUGUCGCCAGACACCUCUUUGUCUGAACAUCCCGCAUUUGCUUUGCUAGAUCUUAGUGCACCGCGGUGGAAAGAGCUCGCCGUUUAUAUCCGGCGACCUUGCUUGCGAGCACUGUCCGGCACUUCUUUCAGCCGCCUACAAGGAUUGUCAGCCAUAACGCCUUCUACAAACCAGGAUGCUGUUGUCAUGCCGGUCAACACGUUCCAGAAAACACGUUCUCUUCGGUGUGUUAGCAUUACGGGGAAUGAAACUUGCGACUCUUUCCCUCUUCCUUGGUCCAGUAUUGAGGACUAUCUCUGCGAUUCCUUUCGUAGAUGUCGUUGGGACUGCCUCAAGAAGCUCGUAGCUCUGAAAUCAUUGGAGAUCAUGAACCAAUCCCAGACCACCUUUGAUCCGUCGGCACUCCCUCAAAUCACUCUUCCUACCGUUAAAUCCUUGCGCAUUUCUGAGCAACAAGGCGGUUCAGACGCCGGAAUGAUUUCCAAGCUCAUCCAGAGUAACAUCCUUGUCCUGCCGUCAUUGUCCACUUUGGAGAUUCGUUUUUGGCCCUACGAGCAUCCCUCUUUUCCUUUCACCCAUCAGUUCAUGGACUCUCUUACAACCCUCAUAAUUCGGGAUGCUAUGGAGAGCCCCGCCGACACUGAACGAGUUCUCCGGUUUCUUAACACCGUGCCACAUGUAGAGAAGUUGGUAAUUAAUGGGCGACGUAAUCGGACAUUCUUUCGAGGUCUCACCAUUCGGUCGGGGAAGGACACCAUUUUACCCAACCUCCGCAUUCUCCAACUCCAAAGGGAUCGUCAACCCUUCCCUGAUCUAGUUGUCCUUGACUUUCUUGAGUCACGAUGUCGAAAGGAUUUCGCCGGCGGCGAACAUGGGGCAGGUAGUGAAGAGGACCAGGAUGCUAGCCGGCCCCGACCAGUCUUCCUGGAGGAGAUAGAUCUGUCUGAGGUGGUGCUUAUUCCGCAAAACAGAUAUCGCCUGGACGACCUUCGUCAAAGAGUGAGGAUCAUAUAUACUUGUUAAAAGAUGAACCAAUUGCGUUCUUCC